AUGUCACAGCGCGGGAGAGUCACUGUCCCCGCGGCAAAGGCGGCUGCCAGGCGGUCUCGUCCCCGCCCGGGCGCCCGCCGCGUCCGGCUCCGCUCUUCCCACUGGUCGGACGCGGAGGCCGCGCCGGGGAAGCCGGCGCAGGGCCCCGUGGCGUUGGCAGAAAUGCUUAUGGACCCCGUGCAGAGCCCUGUGGUCUUCGAGGACGUGGCCAUACACUUCUCCCAGGAAGAGUGGGGCCUCCUUGAUGGAGCUCAGAGACUCCUGUACCGUGCUGUGAUGCUGGAGAACUUGGCGCUUCUCUCCUCCCUAGGUUGCUGGCAUGGAGCCCGUGGUGAGGAGCUGUCACAGGUCAGGACGCCGCAGCCAGGCCCGUCUGUCCAGGAGGCCCAGCCCUGUGAGACGUGUGGCCCAGUGUGGAAACACAUGUUGCCUUCGGCUGAGCAGGAUGCAAUGUACCCUGAUCAAGAGCUGUAUGUUCAUGGGGCCAACCAGAAGGAACAAACUGAAGACCAUUUUUCCAGAAGGGAGGAGGGAAGGCGUUCCUCUGCACUAAACGGGGGUGUUCAUGUGGCCAAGGGUGGCUGCACGCGCAGCGGAGGCGGGAAGCAUUUCCCGGCCCGCACAGGCUUGCCCCCGUCCCGGGCCCCUCGCAGUGUGUUGAAAGCACUCACCAGGUGUGGGGAGGCCUUGGAAAGCGGACAGAGUGAUUACAGGUGCGUUCAGUGUGGGAAGGCCUUCAAGCAAAACCAGGUUCUUGUCGAGCACCAGAAAACCCACGCAGGAAUACGGCCGUACGAGUGCAGCACGUGUGGGGUGGCCUUCGUCAGAAAGUUCCACCUUGUGCAGCACCAGAAAAUCCACACCGGAGAGACACCUUUUAAGUGCAGUGAAUGUGGGAAAUUCUUUCGGUACAACUCCACACUCAUUAGUCACCAGAGAGUUCACACUGGAUUCAGCCCUUAUGAAUGUAGCAAAUGUGGGGAAUUCUUUAAGUACAAUGCCAACUUCGUGAAACAUCAGAAACUUCACAAUGGAGAAAGGCCUUAUGAAUGCAGAGAAUGUGGAAAAUUCUUUAGGUACAACUAUAGACUCAUACGACAUGAGAGGGUUCAUACUGGAGAAAGGCCAUAUGAGUGCAGCAAAUGUGGGAAAUUUUUCAGGUACAGCUCCACGUUCAUUAGACAUCAGAGGGUUCACACUGCAGAAAAGCCUUAUGAGUGCAGUGAAUGUGGCAAGUUCUUUAGGUACAAUUCCACACUCAUUAAACAUCAGAGGGUUCACACUGGAGAAAGGCCUUAUGAGUGCAGGGAAUGUGGGAAGUUCUUUCGGUACACCUCUACGCUCAUUAGACAUCAAAGAGUUCACACUGGAGAAAGGCCUUAUGAGUGCAGCUUGUGUGGGGAAUUCUUUAGGUAUAAGUCCAAGCUCGUGAAACAUUGGCAAAAUCACACUGGAGAGAGGCCUUAUGAAUGCAGUGAAUGUGGGAAAUCCUUUAGGUACCACUGCAGACUCAUUAGACAUAAGAGAGUUCACACUGGAGAGAGGCCUUACGAGUGCAGCAUGUGUGGGAAGUUCUUUCGGUACAACUCCAACCUUAUUAAACAUUGGAGAAAUCACACUGGAGAGAGGCCUUAUGAGUGCAGCGAAUGUGGGAAAGCCUUUAGCCACAAACAUAUACUUGUGGAGCAUCAGAAAAUCCACACUGGCGAAAGGCCGUAUGAGUGCAGCAAAUGUCAGAAGGCCUUUAUCAGAAAGUCCCACCUCGUUCAUCAUCAGAAAAUCCACAGUCAGGACAGGUCAAUGAGCACCAGAAAUGUGGGGCAUGUCUUAGAUACAACUCCAACCCAUUAGUGGAGAAUUACACUCAUAAAGCAACUUGCAACUGCAGAGAAUAUGGUGAGUCUUUGAGCUACCACUUUACACUCCUUACCCUGGAGAAGCACCUUAGGAAGGACAGUAGAACCGUGGUUUGCAAGCAUAACUCCUUCAGGGAACACGGCUUGUAAUCUGGAGCACCCAUGUGUCAGCGAAUUUGAAGACCCGUUGUCUCAGUUGUGAUCAAGUGACGUUGGGCGGCAUGUACUACUUGAAUCGCUCAUUUAUCAAGUUAGAAUUUAUGAGAAAUAUUUGCUCGCCUUGCACAACACUCACAGAACAAGUUACAAUCCAGGGUUUAACCGUGUGGUGAAUGUGGGAAAUGGUACAGUUCGUCAUGAUUAGACAUCAGGGUGUCACUGGAGGAAGUAGUGUAGUCAGUGUGUGGUCCCUCGGUGCAGCUCCAGCCCCAUUCCACAGAGAAUUCACAAUGGAAAAAGACCUUAUCUGUGCAACAGAUACAGGCAUUUGUUCAUCUAAAAGUCCAACCUCAUUGGGCCCCAAAAAGUUCACAUCAGAGAAUAUUGCAAAGGGAGAAAGACUUCAGUCAAAUAUCGGCCCUCAUUCAUCCCUGGGAACUACUGUAAUAUAAUGCUUUCCUUUACAUGUAAAUUGUGCAUCCGUGGCACAACUCACCCUCUCUGAAUUGUGCCAUUUAGUAGUGUUAAAAAUGUCACGAAUUUGUGCAACUAAUUUCUAGAAAUGCUUUCAUCUGGCAAAACUGAAACUAGAGCCACAAGACAAGCUUCUACCCCUCCCCACCACAAUUGGCAUCUAUGUUGUUAUACUGUGUCUCUGGAUUUGACUGCUCUGGAGACCUCGCGGGUGUGGAAUCAAACAGUAUUUGUCUUUCCAUGACUGGUCUAUUAUGCUUAAUAGGUUUUUUUUCCUCAUUUGCCAUCAUUUCCUUCUGUUCUGAGAAGGAAUCGGAGUUGACUACCGAAGAUAUUGGGAAGGGUGCCAAUGGGGUCAGUACAGUUUUGCAGAUGUUGUAAUAUAUCUAGAGAAAGAGAAGAUCCGCAUUUUAUAUGGAAUCUUUAUUUCUUAACAGCUUUAUUGAGGUAUUGGCAUACGUCAAACUGCAUCUAUUAAAGGUGUAGAAUACAUUUUCAUAUAUGUAUGCGCAGUGGAAGUAUCGCCAGAAUCAUGAUCAUGAAUAAUCCAUAGCCCCUAUACAGAGUUUCCAUUGCCCCCUUUGUACUUCUCUCUCAGUCCUACGCAACUUGCUAUCCCCAGGUGGGCACUACUGUCUGCAUUUUCUGCAGGAUUUUAUAUAAACGAAUCCUACACUUACUCUUGUAUAGCUGUUUUCACUAAGUGCGUAUGUGUAUUUUUAGCAUUGUCCAUGUUGGGCGUGCAAAAGCAUGGCACUGAAUGGCUAGCAAGGCUCUGUGUUACGUAUUAGAGUGGCUCUGUUCAUAAACAACAAAGGUGCUAAUAAUCACUGAGCAUAAGAGUGGUUUAGAAUGGGAAAGUGAAGUUUGAAGAAAGUAAAUCUAAAUUCAGUUUAAUAUGAAUUCAUUAUCAAUAAAAAAAUUUGAACCAUCUGAAAUCUCUUCCUGGAAAA